GAAAUGUCUCAAUAGAGUGCCCACCUGAUUCAAGGCUAUGUGCUGAUGCUCUAAAGUGCAUAGCAAUUGAUUUAUUUUGUGAUGGAGAAUUAAACUGUCCAGAUGGCUCUGAUGAAGACAAUAAAACUUGUGCCACAGCUUGUGAUGGAAGAUUUUUGUUGACUGGAUCUUCUGGAUCCUUCGAGGCUCCCCAUUAUCCCAAGCCUUCUAAUAAUACAAGUCUUGUUUGUCGGUGGAUUAUACGUGUAAACCAAGGACUUUCCAUUCAACUGAACUUUGAUUACUUUAAUACAUAUUAUGCAGAUGUAUUAAAUAUUUAUGAGGGAAUGGGUUCAAGCAAGAUUUUAAGAGCUUCUCUCUGGUCAAAUAAUCCUGGCAUAAUUAGGAUUUUUUCCAAUCAAGUUACUGCCACAUUUCUUAUAGGUUCUGAUGAAAGUGAUUAUAUCGGCUUCAAAGUAACAUACACUACAUUUAACAGCAAAGAGCUUCAUAAUUAUGAGAAAAUCAACUGUAAUUUUGAAGAUGGCUUCUGUUUCUGGAUCCAGGAUCUAAAUGAUGACAAUGAGUGGGAAAGGACUCAGGGAAGCACCUUUCCUCCAUCUACUGGACCAACUUUUGACCACACUUUUGGCAAUGAGUCAGGAUUUUACAUUUCCACCCCAACUGGACCAGGAGGAAGACGAGAAAGAGUAGGACUUUUAACUCUCCCUUUAGAUCCCACUCCCAAUCAAGCCUGCCUUAGUUUCUGGUAUUAUAUGUAUGGUGAAAAUGUUUACAAACUAAGCAUUAAUAUCAGCAGUGACCAAAACAUGGAGAAGACAAUUUUCCAAAAAGAAGGAAAUUAUGGACAAAAUUGGAACUAUGGACAAGUAACAUUAAAUGAAACAGUGGAAUUUAAGAUUGCUUUCUAUGGGUUUAAAAACCAGUUCCUAAGUGAUAUAGCAUUGGAUGACAUUAGCCUAACAUAUGGGAUUUGCAAUGUGAGCCUCUAUCCAGAACCAACUUUAGUCCCAACUCUUCCGCCAGAACUUCCCACGGACUGUGGAGGGCCUCAUGAACUGUGGGAGCCAAAUACAACAUUCACGUCUAUAAACUUCCCAAACAACUACCCUAAUCAGGCUUUCUGUGUUUGGAAUUUAAAUGCACAAAAGGGAAAAAAUAUUCAGCUUCACUUUCAGGAAUUUGACCUGGAAAAUAUUGCAGAUGUAGUUGAAAUCAGAGAUGGUGAAGGAGAUGAUUCCUUGUUCUUAGCUGUGUACACAGGCCCUGGUCCAGUAAAGGACGUGUUCUCAACCACCAACCGAAUGACUGUGCUUUUUAUCACUGAUGAUAUGUUGGCAAAACAGGGAUUUAAAGCAAAUUUCACUACUGGUUAUGGCUUGGGGGUUCCAGAACCCUGCAAGGAAGACAGUUUUCAGUGUAAGAAUGGGGACUGUAUUCCGCUGGUGAAUCUCUGUGAUGGUUUUGCACACUGUAAGGACGGCUCAGAUGAAGCAGAUUGUGUGCGUCUCUUCAAUGGCACGACAGACAGCAGUGGUUUGGUGCAGUUCAGGAUUCAAAGCACAUGGCAUGUAGCCUGUGCCGAGAACUGGACAACCCAGAUCUCAGAUGAUGUGUGUCAGCUGCUGGGACUAGGGACCGGAAACUCAUCCAUGCCAACCUUUUCUACAGGAGGUGGACCGUUUGUAAAAUUAAACACAGCACCUAAUGGCAGCUUAAUAUUAACACCAAGCCAACAGUGCUUAGAGGAUUCACUGAUUCUGCUACAAUGUAACUAUAAAUCAUGUGGGAAAAAACUGGUGACUCGAGAAGUUAGCCCGAAGAUUGUCGGAGGAAAUGACUCCAGAGAAGGAGCCUGGCCUUGGGUCGUUGCUCUGUAUUUCAACGAUCAACAGGUCUGCGGAGCUUCUCUGGUGAGCAGGGGUUGGCUGGUGUCGGCUGCCCACUGCGUAUACGGGAGAAAUUUAGAGCCAUCUAAGUGGAAAGCGGUGCUAGGCCUGCAUAUGGCAUCAAAUCUGACUUCUCCUCAAAUAGAAACUAGAUUGAUUGACCAAAUUGUCAUAAAUCCACACUACAAUAAACGGAGAAAGGACAGUGACAUCGCCAUGAUGCAUCUUGAAUUGAAAGUGAAUUACACAGAUUAUAUACAGCCUAUUUGUUUACCAGAAGAAAAUCAAGUUUUUUCCCCAGGAAAAAUUUGUUCUAUUGCUGGCUGGGGGACACUUGCAUAUCAAGGUUCUACUGCAGACAUACUGCAAGAAGCUGACGUUCCCCUUCUAUCAAAUGAGAAAUGUCAACAACAGAUGCCAGAAUAUAACAUUACGGAAAAUAUGGUGUGUGCAGGCUACGAAGCAGGAGGGGUAGAUUCUUGUCAGGGGGAUUCAGGCGGACCACUCAUGUGCCAAGAAAACAACAGAUGGUUCCUGGCUGGCGUGACAUCAUUUGGAUACCAGUGCGCACUGCCCAAUCGCCCCGGGGUGUACGCCCGGGUCCCAAGGUUCACAGAGUGGAUACAAAGUUUUUUACAUUAGAGUGUUUCCAAGAGCAAAGACGAAAAGCAGCCAGUUUUCCCAUUUCACUUUAAGAAGCAUGGAAAUUGAGAGUUUUUUUUUAAAUCAUUUAUAAAAGUCUUGAUUCUUACCUAAGCCACUGAAAUGCUACAGGAAAAAAAAAAAA